UUGCCGCACAUCGAAGCCUUUAUACGAGUAGUAAAAUUAAUUUCUUUUCAGGUAUGUCUUUACUAUUACCGUAAUCUAGUUCCACAAGCCGAUCCUAACUAUCUUAAUGCCUUGUAUGGAAAGUUAGCUAGCGAAAUUCUCCUACAGGAAUGGGAUCAUGCUCGCGAUGAUUUGGUGAAGCUUCGUGCGUACAUUGACUCGAAUCCGUUCGAUACUGAGUGGGAGCUGAUCCAUCAACGAGCUUGGCUUAUGCACUGGGCUUUGUUUGUGUAUUUCAACUAUCCUAAAGGACGCGACGAUAUAAUUGAGAUGUUCCUUAACCAGCAAUCGUAUCUAAAUGCAAUACAGGUAAUGUGUCCUCAUCUCUUACGCUACUUGGCCGUCGCCGUUGUCACUAGCAAGAACAAACAGAAAAAUAGCCUUAAAGAUCUAAUCAAAGUUAUCGACAUUGAACGUCACAACUACCAAGACCCUGUAACAGACUUCCUCACGUGUUUAUAUAUCAAGCACGAUUUCGACGAAGCACAGGAGAAACUACGACAGUGCGAGGAGGUCUUGUCGAAUGACUUCUUUCUUACUGCGUGCCUAUCGGAUUUCCGCGAAUCUGCUCGUCUUCUGAUUUUCGAAAUGUUUUGUCGUAUUCAUCAGUGCAUCAGUAUCGAGAUGUUAGCAAGAAGACUGAACAUGUCUCAGGUAGAGGCUGAACGAUGGAUAGUGGAUCUUAUCAGAAACUAUAGGAUUGAAGGAGCCAAAAUAGACAGCAAAAUGGGUCAAGUCGUUAUGGGCGUGAAAGCAGUUAGCAUUCACGAGCAGGUUAUGGAGAACACAAAACGACUAACGUUAAGAGCGCAACAAAUUGCUUUGCAAUUAGAGAAGACCCGUGCUGAGCGGAAGCCAACGGCUUAG